AUGAAGAUCCUGCGAAUAUCCGUUACAUCAGUGAUGGGGUUUCUGGUAUUAGAACUCUCUGACGGAGCCGUAGUUGAAGGGCAAGAUUUGAAAAAUAUCACGCUUGGGCAGCAUAACCGCCAUCCCCUCCUCUUCCCUUGCUCAAAGACGAGUAGAGUUGUACGGACAAAGGACAAAGUUCCCAUGCCAUCUGCGUCAAUUUCUAACCGGUCCUCAACGAAGGAAAUGCUCGGCUCUGCCAUUUUUUCCAGGCAAGUUCUUUCAGAGCUCUACGAACAGGAGGCAACGCAUGAAGAAUAUUCUGAACAUGUCAGCAAUGAACACCAUUCAAGGUUGGAAUCGGACAAUAGUCAUGACUAUGACAUCACCGCAGAAUCUGACCGGCAUAUGAAUACUGAUAGGCAGGUUGAGACGGAUUCUCAUGAAAAUGGACAACAGUCAUAUGUGGGUAGACCUGAGGGGGAAACAACCCCACACUCUGGCGAAGCAGCUAUACCAGAACAUGCUGUUCCUUCCCAUGACGAAGAUGAAGGAUACAACACAAAGCUUGUCCAUCCACACGUUUCGAACGGGGACCGCUUUGAAGAAAAAAGCCAUUCUGAACCUAGUGCAGCGCAAGAAUCGAGAUUGAACGAUGAAGAAGCAGGACACAACCCUGCAAAAGAGCCCAUAUCUACAGGGACCACAGAAGCUGAGAAUACGGAAACGCAAGAAGAUUCACCUGAUUCCGAGCCAAGGUCUGUGCGAAUAGCGAAAGACGAGGGCAGAAGCACAGGGGAUGGGUACUCGCUUUCACGACGGAAGAAGAAAUCAAAGAAAAGAAAGAACAAAAAUUCUCCCACAGAAGUGCAUGCAGAAGCGGGAAUUCAAAAAGAGUUCUCGGGUGUCAAUUUAGAAGCCAGAGAUGGGACAAACAUCACUCAUCUAAGCUACAUGGUCUUUAAGAUUAUUAAGAAUUACGAUAUCAAGUCAGUUGUUGAUAUCCCGUGUCGCAACACACUGUCUUGGUUUCCGAAACUACUGGAAAGGAUUGACUUUGAAGUAGCUGGCUUCAAGUACUAUUGCGUUGACACUGAUAGUUAUUCGAAAGAUGAUAUACAAACAAAAUUUUCGGAUGCUGGGAGCCCGGAAACUCUGCAUAUUAGUCCAGAGGAGGCUCAUUUUCUACCAAAGACUGACCUUGUGUUCAGUUGGGAUGGGCCACAGCAAUGGGGCGUGAGGACAUCGUGGACUUUCUUCACAGCUUUGAUGGAGAUUCGACCAACUUACCUCCUUAUCACAAACAAUCCAACGGCGUCCAACACGGACGAUUCAAAGGGCGUCAUGAACCUCCGCAAGCAACCUUUUCACGUACGUUACCAUCAUUUGUUUCUAAUGAGGCUACCAUACCUAGCGCUUUUUUUCUCUCUUUCUUACACACAGCCAUUUUGUAAGGGGGCUGUUCCGUGA